CUGUACUGUUUCCUCUUCACUAACUCAAGAGUCCUAUCUGCUUCCUGCUGCUACGCAGCUUUCUUUGGCACGAAUCGUGCUCUGGCUUCUAGCUGCGCGGGCUAAGGAACAGCUGGACACCUGAAUCGAACUGAAUCUUUCGUGUUUCAGUUUAAUACGUUGAGUCGAGCUUCUUGGCCAUGGAAAGUGUACUUUCUAUGGCGUCCACGUCAGCCAUCCUGGCGUCUCAGCCCGCGAUUGGGCUCAAGAAUAAACUUGCAACUUCCGGGUUUCCUGGGGGACUACGAUCUGCACCGUUGAGGUUCUCUCCGUCUCACGGCCAGCGUUUCAGCAAGCAAGCAGCAGGAAGGUCUAGCCUUGCUGCGCGGGCUGCGUUCGAUCCGCUGCAUCUAGACGCUGCCAUUUCCACCUUGACCACGCACAAUUUCCUCUACGCCGUUGCCGACGCGGCGGAUGCGGCGGCGUCCGCAGCUGCUGACGUGUCAACCGCCGUGACGGCUGUAGCAGCUGACGCGGCGGCGUCUGGUGCAGAUGCAGCGGCUGCUGCGGCCGCCGAUGCUUCCUCUGGCGGGUGGUUUGCCGGGCUUGCCAAUGUUCUGGAAAGCAUCUUGAAGGUCCUGGAGCAAGGCUUGGCGGCGCUGAACGUGCCGUACGCGUACGGGUUCUCGAUCAUCCUGCUCACGCUGCUCGUCAAAGUCGUCACCUUCCCGCUCACCAAGCAGCAGGUGGAGUCCACCAUGGCCAUGCAGAACCUCGCGCCCAAAGUCAAGGCCAUUCAAACCAAAUACGCCGGCGACCAGGAGCGCACUCAGCUGGAGACGUCAAGGCUGUACAAGCAGGCUGGCGUUAACCCGCUGGCAGGCUGCCUGCCCACCCUGGCAACUCUUCCAGUCUUCAUCGGACUGUACCAGGCGCUCAGCAACGUGGCCAAGGAGGGCGUGUUGACCGAGGGGUUCUUCUGGAUCCCCUCUCUGGCGGGACCCACGUCCAUAGCAGCUCGUGACAGCGGCUCUGGCAUCUCGUGGCUCUUCCCCUUCAUUGACGGGGUGCCACCUCUGGGAUGGGAAGCAACAGCGGCCUAUUUGGUGCUGCCGGUGCUGCUGGUGGCGUCUCAGUUCUACGCCAUGCAGAUCAUGCAACCGCCGCAGAGCGAUGACCCAGCGCAGAAGAACACCCAAGUGAUCCUCAAGUUCCUGCCGCUCAUGAUUGGCUGGUUCUCCCUCUCAGUCCCCUCCGGCCUCUCCCUCUACUGGUUCACCAACAACCUGCUGAGCACGGGCCAGACCAUCUACCUGCGCAAGAUGGGGGGGGCCAAGCCCGUGGUGGCAGCUGGGGGAGGUGACAUCAUAGACGUGGGGCAGGCCAAGCGCUCCUCCACCUCCACUGUCGCCACAGAAGCGGACAAGGAGAGGAGCCGCGGUGAACAGUUCCGCAAGCAGAAGGAGGCCGACGCCGGCCGACAGGCGGCGAAGCGGGCGGCAGAGGAGGCGGCGCGGGCGGCGGAGGCCAAGGCAGCGAGGGAGAAGGCGAGGUUGGAGCAGCUGCGGGCGGAGAUCUCAGGGGAGGGGGAGGAGGGGGUGGUGGUGGUUGAAGCUGAGGCGGUUCCUGUGGCCGGGCAGAAUGGGGCCGCAGCAGUGGAGUCCCAGGCAGCAGCACCUGAUGCACCAAAGCCUGCGGUGGCCGCCCCAUCUUCAGGGACACCACGGCGCAGCCGUCGAUCUAGGAGGACCCGGAAGGCAACUCCACAGUAGGGUUAUGGAUGUACCUAGGUUCAUGUUUCCGCAGCUGUUGUGAUUUCCUAGUGUAGAAUCCAUAAGCGUGUGAUUUGGCAUGUGCUAUAUGUGUAUUGAAGAUUGACGAUGUCUAAUUUUUCUUGCUAAUUAGACCCAGAGUGAAGGUGUAGGGAAUUAUUGGCUAGUGCGCUAAGGCAUUAUUGCUUGUGAAUUGGUGU